AUGUGGCGGAAGAAGGCGGAGGAGCGGCAGAAGGAGAGGGAGGAGUUGCAAAAGGAUAGGAAGAAGCGUUAUUUGAGUAAGAGUGUUUUCCGCGGGUCUGGGGUUAAUGAUCAGGAACUUGAAACAGAGGAGUACAAGUUUGAUCGGAUCAACUUUGUCACUCUUCUCCGCCGAGCUGUGGCUUUAGAAUUUUAUCUUACUUUGCUGGCUGCUGCUGUUGAUGAUGAUGAUGAUGAUUCCAAUCGAAACCUGUGGAGCAAAGUAUUAUUACGGCAUGAUACAAUCACAACAACUGCAGGUUUUGUUCCCGCAACAACAACAAGUUCAGGUGCAGGCGCAACCACAUCAGGUUAUGCCACUGCAGGAUCAACAAGUUCUGUUGCAGGCACAACCAUAGCAAGUUUUGUCUCAGUAACAUCAACAAAUUCAGAUGCAGGUGUUGCAAUAGUUGCAGUUAUAGCAGGUAGUGCCACAGUCGUUGAUGAUCCAAAAGAAGCAGCAGCAGACCAACAAGUUGCAGUUUCUAAUGAUGGCUUCCCAAAUCGGCGGUGCAACAGUAGUGCUGAAUUCAUUAAUGAUGCAACAAAUUCCAUGCUAGUUAAGCAGAAGUCUAAUCAUGAAUGGCUUUAUGACAAGAGGGGUUCUGCCAAUAGAAGAAGCAAGCGGAAUAAAGGGAAGCCAAUACUGCAUGGUUUUCACUUUGUAGAAAAGGUUGAUGACGGUCCCCAAUUACGCGGCAUUGAUUUUGAAGGUGGCGACAGUAAUUAUGCUUACUUAGAUUAUGGUGCUGCUGUCGAAUGGAGGAUUGAUUUAGCUAAAGAUCGCAAGUUGCUGAAAUCCUUUAUUGCCCGAGAAAAGAAGCGUUCUGCAAGAGCUCAUGAUGUAACUAUCCAAUGUGUGGCCGAUCAUGAGAAGGAAUCUGCUGUUGAAGCUGAUGAUAACGCCAACGACGAUCAAGAUAGUUCUGUUGCAGAUGUUAGUAAGUUGUCGACGGUUAAUAAAGCAGCUGAAAGUAUCAGCGCAACAACAAGCUCUCAGGUUGAGAAUGAUAGUGGGUGCCAGAAUAGUGGUUCCCCUGCACAUGAGGGUGAGUUCCAGCAAGCUCAUAAGGGGUGUCUGUAUUACUAUUUCACUUUUGAAUUUGAUUCCUCCUUAUAUGCAAAAUCCAAAGAGGAAAUCACCGAGAAUCAUGGUGGCGGAGGGAGGCGAGGUCGACCAACAAGUAAGGAAAGCGCGGAGAUACAAGGUAAGGGUGUCACUGUACAGAGAGAUAUCAGCGAUGGUGGAGGCGGAGGAUACAAAGGAGAAGCAGAAGAGGUUGGAAGCGCGGAAGCGGGAGGAGGAGCUCCAGAAGAUGGAAAUGGAGAGGUUGAUUAG